AUCAAAAUAUAAAAGGAUAUGAGUCUUUAACGAUUAAGCAGGAACUUCUUUUUUUUAAAGAAUAUGCAUUUGCUUUUGUAACUGCAUUUCUUGAUAUUUUGCUAUUAGGAAAUUUAAUAGAAUUUAUGGUAGAC